GAUCUCUGAAAAAAUGACGUCUCCGCAGUUUCAGGAAAAUUACUAUUUUCCACGAACAUUUAUUGUAUUCUUUCUCGAAAUUUGAAAUUCUGGUUCUCCUCCGAUUGACCUAUGGAACGAAGAGAAAUUCAAUAAUAUCGAUUCAUUCAAUGGAAUCGUCUCAAUUUCAUGAUAAUGCUGAAGGGAGUUCCAGAACAAGUAAGAAUCAGUAAGAUUGAACGGAAAUGGGAAGUUCAAGCGACCGACUUGAAGAAAUGACUACAAGUUCUAUCCACAGUAUUAUUGGAACCAAACCAUCAUCAUCAGUAUUUUCUAGCCCAAAAAAUAGUACGUCAUCACGUAGAGAAAGGAUACCUGAUAAACCAAAAGCUGGAGGUUUGAGUCUAUGGGGAUUCUUGAAAAGCUGCAUUGGCAAAGACCUUUCCCAAAUUCCCCUUCCAAUCAAUUUCAAUGAGCCGUUGUCUCUACUUCAACGUCUAACUGAAGAGCUGGAAUACUCAGAGUUACUGGAUAGAGCCGCCAGUUGCUCCUCGCCCUGUGAGCAAAUGGCUUAUGUGGCUGUCUUCAUAAUUUCCGGAUAUGCGAGUAAUGGAAGAACAACAAAACCAUUCAAUCCACUCUUAGGCGAAACCUUCGAAUUUAACAGGAUAGAGGACCUUGGAUGGAGGAUCAUAUGUGAACAGAUUUCUCAUCAUCCUCCUGUAUCAGCAACACAUUGCGAAGGAAAUGGUUGGAUCUUUUGGCAAGAGAUAAGAUUCCAGUCGAAGUACACUGGAAACGAUAUUCAGAUCACUCCGUUUGGCGAGGCUUAUGUUGAGUUCAGCGAAGGGAAUACCUUCAAAUGGAACAAAGUUGAUACAACGGUUCACAAUUUUCUUUUGGGAAGCUUAUGGGUGGAUCACCAAGGAGUUGUAGAAAUACUGGGAAAGGGCAAGGCUGAGGGUAUCGUCUGCAAGCUGGAUUUCAUCCCUUAUUCCGGAAGCUCGUUGAGGAGAAUCAAAAGUGAAACAAGAAAAGUUAAAGGGGAGGUUCUAGAUGCGAAUGGUAUGAAAAAAUGGGUCAUUGAAGGUAACUGCGACGUUCAAGUUGAGAUUUCUGAGGUGAUGACGGGCGAAAGUGAUGAAGAAAUCAUUCUGGACAUGCCUAGGAUACCUUGGAAAUGCGGUGAUCUUCCAGAUGGAGCAGAAAAUUACUAUAGUUUCAGUAAAUUUGCUUGCCAAAUGAAUGAAUCAGAAGAUGGUGUCGCCCCUACCGAUUCUAGGCUAAGACCUGACCAGAGAUUCAUGGAAGAAGGAAGAUGGGAAGAAGCUAAUGCCGAGAAAGUCAGACUGGAGGAUAAACAAAGGACGGUCAUAAGACUAAGAACAGAGAGUGAAGAAAUGAAGCAUUAUCAGCCGGUAUGGUUCGAGCCUGUCGCAAGAGAUGACGGUAGCCUGAUCUAUAAGUACAAUGGUAAUUAUUGGAAAUGCAAGGAGCAGAAGGAUUGGUCGAAGUGUCCAAAUAUUUAUUAGUUCGUACGUUCGUAUUCUAGUGGAAUAAAGACAAAUAAAAAACG